GUCUCGCCACACGAAGAGAGCCUCUCUCGUUUCCUUCCCGUCUCGCGUUUUCUCAGUGAAAAUGCCGCCGCGAUAGAGAGCCGCGCGUGCCGUGUGCUCUCCUCGAGCUCUCUGGUCGCGUCCGCCUCCUCCUCCCCGCGGUGACAACAGUCGGCUCUGUCUUUACCGAAGGAAUACUCGCGAGACCCGCUAAUUACUACGACACGUUAAUCAAUCGCACGCGUGUCGCCCGCGGCUCGAUCACUCGCGCUUCUUUCGUCCGCUGUCCCUCUUUUUUUUUCUCUCUCUCUUUCUCUCUCGUCUCCCCCCUUUUCCCCUGCUCCAUUUCCCCUCUUCCGCGCCACCACCGCCUUCUCGUUCCUUCCUCGUUCUUCGUCGGCCCUUAUCUCGCCGCCCUCCCUGUCCCUUUUCGCUUUUCCGCGCUUGUACACGCGUGACUCUACGCACCGCGAGCGUGGUACGGCUUGACAGUCCCGCGAGUGUCACGGACCGGAUCGCUUUUCGCGCCCGCGGACUGUGGACGCGCCGCUUCCGGAGAACGGCGCACAGGUGUAGACAGACGGAAGUGUAAACCAUUGAUCUGGAGUAAACUGUACAAUUUGUGAAGCGCGAGAGGUCGCCGGGGAAAAGAAUGGAUCGGCUUCGACGAAGCUUCCGGGACAGCUUCCGCCGGCGGAAAGACCCUCAUGUGCCCGAGUCUAGCAAGCCUCACCAAUGGCAAGCGGAUGAAAGUGCAGUUCGUUCAGCUACGUGCGCUUUUCACGUUAAGUACCUGGGAUGUGUUGAGGUCUUCGACUCAAGGGGUAUGCAAGUUUGCGAGGAAGCCCUUAAAGUUCUCCGAAACUCAAGACGAAGACCGGUGAGGGCGAUACUUCACGUAUCCGGUGAUGGAUUGCGUGUUGUCGAGGACGAAACAAAGGGGUUAAUUGUCGAUCAGACAAUUGAAAAGGUAUCAUUUUGCGCGCCGGAUAGGAAUCACGAGAAGGGAUUCAGUUACAUCUGUAGAGAUGGUACAACGAGGCGGUGGAUGUGCCACGGAUUUUUAGCAUUAAAAGAAUCGGGAGAAAGAUUGAGUCAUGCAGUGGGCUGCGCCUUCGCCGCAUGUCUAGAGAGAAAGCAACGACGGGACAAAGAAUGCGGAGUUACAAUGACUUUUGAUUCGAAGACUUCUAUCUUUACGAGAAGCGGCAGCUUUAGGCAACCGAAUCUCGCGGAGCGAUUACAAGAAGCACGUGAUCGUGCAGCAGAAAUUCCUCCGGUCAGGCAGGUGUAUAAUCCCUUUGCAAUUGAAAGGCCACACGCUACCUUGUCUAUGUUGGAGCGGCAAGGUUCUUUUCGGGGUUUUUCACAGCUAAGUCAAGCAUCACCAUUUAAAAGACAACUCAGUCUACGAGUCAACGAUCUUCCUAGUACCCUAGAACGCACGCGUAGUCACAGUCUCGAGCCAACGGAUUUGGCGCGAAUGCCUUCAGCUCAUUUGCACAAUGUACCUCCAAAGCCCCCAGAAUUCGAAGGAUAUGACGAAGUGAGUCCAAUACCAGAAAUAUUUCCCGGUGAUCAUGACAGUGUCUCCGCAAUGUGUCAGCAGCUUUCUCAAGGGCUUUCUCUGCUCUCAAGCAGCGAUGACUUCGGACCAAUGCCGUCGUCCCAGCCUACUACAAGCUCCGUCGCAAAGAAGCUUUUCACCAGUACCACCACCACUACCCCUCCUCCAGUAACGAGUAGCAAUUCGUUGGACGAGAUAAAACUGCAGAAUGGUCCCAAUAUUAAUAACAACGACAACAACAAUAAGAACGAAGAGCUCAGCAAUCUAAAUCAUGUCGGGUCCAGUUGGCAAGAGUCAGCAUCCCCUGUUCUCGCGUCAAAUCAUAGGCUCACGCCACUUCUCAAGGCGAGCAACUUGAGUCCCGUUCUUCCAAAGACGAACGCGCCCACUCCAGUCGUUAUGAGCACACCGGCACCUGUUUCCUCUAGCGUAGGUGCCUUCGGCACGCCGCCGUCGGCAGCAAGCCCUGCUUUCAGCACGACUUCUACAUCCUCUUUAGGAAAUACGUCUACGCCGGCUGUGAACAGAUCGCCGAUCCCAAUGAAUUCCGUGACUCCAAGAACAAGUUCUCCUAGCACCAGCACAGCAUCUGUUACACCGACGGUACCAAUCUCGACUGACGUUGCUCAAGUCUCAUCGACAAGUGGAAUUCCGACGGCUUUAGUACAACCACUUCCCACGGCAGCUGGUUUGCCAAAACCAGAACAAUGGUUGGGUAGCAUAACUGGCUCUGUGCCUGCGCCAACGCAGGCAAGUGUUAGUCCUCGGCGAGCGCCUCCUCUUCAUACGAGGGCGCACUCGCUUGGUUCAGCUGCGAUGAGUCUGACUUCCAGAGGUCCCUCUGAUCCCUUUGACGUCGAAUGGGCGGAAAUUGCUUCCAGAAAUAUGCAGCAGUCAACUACGACAAAUCCCUUCAUUAUGCCGAACGCGACCCAGGCAUUCCAAGUGCAGUUGUAGCGUCAGGAGUUUAUUAACAAUGUCGCCAAGUAUUUCCACUCUAGCACAUAGCGGCUACACGUCCGCCCACCCUCCGAUAUUGCACACGAUCGAAAGUAUUACACGUGAGCCGCGUGUCUUCGACCCGAUCGCCGUUAAGUUCCCAGAUGGGUAGAAAGUAUGCAAUCAAAAAGUUUCUGAACUAUCUAAUGCUGCGAGUUGUGCAACAGUGAUAGUACGAAGAUGCAAUGUCAGCAGUUAGUCUCCUGAAUCAGUAUACCAGUGAUACAAUAUUGUAAUUAUUGAGUGUUUUAUUGCUCGCAUUUUUGUUCUAUGAUCCAAAUACCUGUCUGCGAUUGUGACGAUGGAUAAAAAAGUGACGCUCAUGUAAAUUUUAUAUGAAACUGAAGAUAGAAAUCUGAAAACUACCAAAUAUUUUAAGUUUUUGGGGACAGAAUAGGAGAAAAAAAAAUUUCCAAGUGGCAUAAUGUUUUAAACACAAAUAGAAAUCGCUUGAAGACAAGAAACGACAAUAAUUUAAUAACAAGCUCAACUUCUAAAAAAUGUUCAAAAAAUCAAGAUCAAGCAAUCGUUUUCUUGCGAUCUUCACAAACAAAUUGAUCGAUAUGACGAUAAGUUCACGAUAACUCGAUGAAAUAUUUGAUCGAUUUCGGAGAUGUUUUUACAUAAAAAAUUUGAUGCAUGCGUCUUUCCUCAAUUUUGCAUUUAUUGCAUUUGCAAACGGGCAUCUAGAUUGUCAAAUAAAACUACGAACAGUGCUACGCUCAAUUGCAGCAUUACUCGACUUGGUAUAUUAAUUCAUAAGAUUACAUCUAUGACCUCUCUACUUCAUUUCUGUACUGUUGCCAUUGGUUCUUAUUUCACAAUAUAUCAGUUCAGAAAUUUUUUAAUCGCAACCUUAGUAAGUUUAUCGCAAGAUCCUUCAAGACGCUGGAACGAAGGAGCGCGGUAAUUCUUUUUGGCGCUUAGUAGCAACGACGGUAGCAGCGAACUGAACCAGCACAAAGAUAUCAGCGUAAAAUAUACUUAAUAGAUAGAUAAGUAUAUACGCGCACAGCCUUAACGACCUCAGUAAGAAUAAAAAUAAAACACGCAUUAUAUGCAUAAGCAGAUACUCGGGUGACGUGACGGCAGACGCAAAGAUUCACGCACCAAUAAUAACAGGCUAACAGCCGAUUAAGUAGAAGCAAUAGAAGUCGUGAAAUACGCGUAUAAGCGGAGUUUUCCGACGAUACGGAUAAUAUCUUACACUUAAAUGUCUAUCACGCGAUAUCGUAACUGGAUAUCCUAAUUAUCUUGAGUAGAGUUAGGCUCGAACCGAGCGAUUAUCGUCGUUCUGCAUGAAAAACGAAAUUGUACGCACUCAAGAUUACGCUGCACCCUUACUGUUAUUUUUUUCAAAAAAGAAGGGAAAAGUAUAUAGAGUAAUUGCCACUUCGUGGUCGUAUUGUGACCUGAAUCACGAAGUGAGGUGACCAUACCUUCCACAGGAAGGGGACUUGCAUUUCCGGCAAGCUUGCCAGACUCAGACAAGCGUGUUCGGAUAGACACGUUCCUAUCGAACGUAGACGUGGCAGGGGAUAAAAGGGGUUUAACAUCCACGGGAGACUGUGAUAUUGACGUGAAGUGGCCAGUACUUAAGCGGCCAGGGUCGAACGGAUUAUGCAUCGUGAGUAACUUGCUCAAAGUCAUCGUGCCGCGUGGUAGUACAGAAUGAGUGAUCGUGAGUUUGGGUACCACAGACUGUAUCGUCCCGUAUAGCCGGCAAAAGAGAAAAAAACGCCCCAUAAAUUAAUUUAAGAUUAGCUAUUAAAAACUAGCGGAGAGAUAUGUCUUACACUAUCGUUGUCUAUUAUACAUACGAUCGUGUUGCAUUUAUCAUGAGGACCGAGGAGCGGGUAUGACGGAGCGCGUAGAAAUUCUCGCACGAGAACGACGCUCGCGAAACAAUUUGUCUCGAGAGAGUCUAGACGGUGCUUCCGUUCUGUUAACAUUGUUGUGAAAAUCGCUUGUUGAGCCGAUCCUCGAGUGUGAGUUCAUAUCUACGAUCCGAACGCGCUCAGCUACGUGCGUCGUAGCGAGCGAAGGAGUUUCCUCAGUCCCGUGUAGUAAUUGAUAGUAUCCCGUGAGAUAUCAGUAUUGCGCCUCGCAGCUUUCUGUCUUUCAAGUUAACCGCUGCACUUUCGGUUUUUCGAAACGGAUCGAGGGUAAACGUCGAGGAAGGCCAAGGGAGAUAUUACGAGAGGGAUAACUGAGGCGUGUAUGUAUGCAUUGUAUAUAGAUUAGUUAUUUAAAAACGCGACAGUAUGGAGAGUGUGGAAAAAUUGCAGAGAAAGAGAGAGAGAGAGAGAGAGAGAGAGAGAGAGAGAGAGAGAGAGAGAGAGAGAGAGAGAGAGAGAGAGAGAGAGAAAGAGAGCGUGUGUCAUUCAUUAAGCCGGCGACUCAGCAAUGAGGCGAAAGGAAUUCUUCCUAUAUAAAGUUCAAUCGAAGCGAAUAAUAGAAAUAUAUCAUUAUAAUAAUAGUAUUUUAUAAUUUUAUAAACUAUGUAGGAGACGAUGAUGCUACGACUCUGCAUCGUGUAAGAUCUGCAGCUCAUUUGUAAAUUAUAAAUUAAACAUAAAGAAUUGUAAAUUAUAAAUUAUAAGUUAUGUAAAUUAUACGUUUGGUGAUGGUCCUGAUUGCAUUAUUUUUAAGAGUAAUAGAUUGUCACGUGUAGUAAUUCUAAUAUAUGAAUAUGUAAAUACCUUCGCAAUAUUAUAAAUUUAUUUACGCAGCAUCGUUUUGGUCGUGUUUGUGUCGACGCUGUUAAAUCGCAUCGAACGUAAUUUAUUUAAUCACAUCGAAGCAUACAGCAAUAUUUUUCCAUACAAGUAGAAUGUUGAAAGUAUUAUUGCUUCGAUUGUAAUAGAUUAAAUCGGAUAAUCGAUUUAAAAAAAAUCUCCAUUGGCAGAGAGAGUUGUUGAACGAACAAUUUCCGCGAUAGAAAAAUCGCCGUCAUCAUUGCGAGUUGUUCGGCAAAAAUGGACUUGGUUUUUCGAGCCACCUUCCGUCCGUCCCGAAAAUCAAAAGGUAAACAAGGAGGAACAAUGUUAAGCGAAGGAAGUUAAACUAAUAAUUGUAAAGCAGCACAGGGAGCGAUCGCUUAGGUACUUAUUAUGGUACUUAUGAACAUGUCGUUUAAUCAAUGUACUUAAAUAUUAACACAUGUAGAUCGUUGUUAGCGAGACCGUUGCUAAUCGACGCACAUUGUCGAUGUCUUAUUCUUUAUUUGUCUUUGUAACUUUUAUCGUUUUUAUUUUCUUCGGACUGACAUUUCUUCCGUUUUUCCACUCAAUUUUCGUACAUUUUCCGAGGAAGCGUGCGAAAAAGAAACUUGUACAUAGCGCAGCAUAAUGAUUCGUUAUAACAUUAUCACGUACUUAUUGUUUUCUUUUUAUGUUUCUUAGUCGAUGUACGCUAAUUUACAACGGUUUAUUUGACUAGGAUCGAGGAGAAGCGAUAGCGGCGUCUUGGCUGAUCGCCAUAUCUACGACGUCUGUAAUUUAUUCAAAUGCUGAAUUCUUUUUUAUAACUUUUUAAUCGAUGCAAUUGACGGGUAUUGUUUCUGUUUAGACGUCUUCUUCUCCUUCCCGGGAAGCAUGGGGAUUAGCCAAGACGCGUUCCGGUGUCUCGUUUGACUGAAGCAGGCGAGUGCAUUUAAAGAAACGAUAACAUACACAGUGGCAUACAAACACAUAUACAUGUACUUAUAUAGAGAGAAAAAGAAGAGAGAAAGAGAGAGAGAGAGAGAGAGAGAGAGACAGAAAGAGACACUGGGACAAAGAUAUAGGGUGCAAUCUAUUUGAUGUCACAAACGCUUCGAAAUAUUCUUUGAUUGUCCAAUUUGUAAGAUUCUUUGUUCUGAUUGAUCAAUCAAAUGCUUCGAAGCAUUUGGCAGCGUCAAGUGGAUCGCGCACCCAUAGACGAAUAGAUGCACCGCGUGCCAAAUUCAAAAGUGCAACCGCGUUGCCUGCCAGUUGGAUGGUACAUCGCGCUUACGUGGUUGUGUUGUACAUAGUAUCGCCGGUCGAUUCCUGGAUCAACAUGCGACUUAAUGCGUGUAUAUUUCGUAAAAGUAUCCUUGUUCAUUUUACAUUGUAUCUGCCACUGUAAAAAUACGGUUUAUUAUAUAAUAUCUGUUGUGAUUAUGAACACA